CUUUGAUAGUAAAAAUAUAUAUUUUAAUAUUAUAUGAUUGCAAUAAUUAUAAAGUUUUCUAUAUUUAAUUACUAUUUGUAUAAUUAUAACAACCUCAGGAUAUCUGUAAUAAAUUAAUUUUUCAAUGUCAUUUACAAUUUCAUAAAAUCUUUUUUUUGAUUUAUGUUGGUCCUUCUGUUAUUUUUCGCGGCAACGCGGUAAUAAGACGCUAAAGUGCUAGAAAUCCCGCCGCAUUGUUCGUAUAUUAUUUCUUGUAUAAUUUAUAGCUAUUGUCUAAAAUGAGCAAAGGAAAGGAUUCAUCCCCUGCAGAAACUGCAGGAGGAGAAGAAUUUAGUGUUGAAAAAGUUUUAGACAGGAGAGUAGUUAAAGGAAAAGUUGAAUAUUUUUUAAAAUGGAAAGGAUACUCAAAUGAAGAAAAUACAUGGGAGCCAGAAGAAAACCUUGAUUGUCCAGAUCUAAUUGCACAAUUUGAAGAACAACGAAAAAAGAAAGAAGCAGCUACAGCUGGUAAACGAUAUGAAGACAAAGAACAAAAGAAACGAAAAAGUUCAAGUGGCCCUUUACCUACUCAUACUAAGAAAAAAGUAACUGAAGAAAAGAAACCUGAAGGUUUUGAUAGAAAUUUGGAACCUGAACGUAUUAUUGGUGCAACAGAUUCAAGUGGAGAAUUAAUGUUUUUAAUGAAAUGGAAAGGAACAGAUGAUGCAGAUUUAGUUCCUGCUCGAAUUGCCAAUGAAAAAUGUCCACAAAUCGUAAUAAAGUUUUAUGAAGAACGAUUGACAUGGCAUAGCCCUGCUCAUGAUGAAGAAAGUUCAGUAAAAGCUGAUGCAGAGUAGCGUCCAGCCUUCCGAUAUACAUACACAGCACGCUUUAGAAUCUGUCGCAUAUAACAAAAAAUAGCGUGUACAAAAUGAAAAAUAUGAAGAUUUAUUGAUUAUUGCACAGUAAUAAUGUUAUCAAUUUUUUUUUUUAAUGAUUAUUGAUGAACUACUAAAAUUGAAAAAACAAACAAACAUUAAAUAUUUCUGUCAUUGUUAGUGAAAAAUAAUUUACAAUAUAUACUCUUAUACUUCCAUAAAAUAUAUAUUUUCAAUUUUUUUUGCAACUGUUAAUUUUUAUAUUAACUAGAUGGAAAUUGAUUCUUUAUUGUUAAUUUAAGAAUUUAAAUUCGAAGUGUAAAUAUAAACAAAAGAAUCAAAUGUGUAUUAAUAUAAAAUAGAAUUAUUUAUAUUUCUAUGUAUGAAUAUAACUUUUUUAAUAUUAUUUCAUUUAUACGAAACGAUUUAAUUUACAAUUAAUCGUUUCAUACUCAUAGAUAAAAAUAAUUAUAUAUUAAUUGUUCCAGUUGCAAAGAAAUUGAAAUUCGACUUUUUUUAAAAUACAACAUGACAAUGUACAGUACGUACAGAAAUAUGAAUGAAAAAUAAUAUCUUAACAUUUUUUUAAUGUAUAGAAUUCUUUAAUGAUAAAAAUAUUUGAAAAAAAAAUCUAUUUCUACGUUUUUGAAAUUAAAUCUAGUAAAUGAUUUAAAAUCUCUGUUAAUUGUGUCUAAUAAUAAUAAAUAAUUUAAAUUAUCUUUUUUUAUCAAAAAUCAUUUAGUAUCAAUAAUUCAUAUUGUAGAUUAUAAUUCAUAUUGUAGAUUAAUGUUUUCUUGGCUAGUAAUUAUUAAAAAAAUAUUUUAGUAUAUAAGUGUAUGUGUAGUUUAUUUGUAAGAAAUCGAUUAAAAAUUCAUUUUUUGUAAUUUAUAAAUGUCUUGAUUAAAAAAAUUCAUAUAAAAAUAUAACAAUUUUUAAAUA